CGCGGCCCUGCCCCUGGUGGAGCUGACGGACGGCGCCGGCCGGGCGGCGCUGCGCUGCGCUGCGCUGCGGGCGCGGGGCCUCCGCGGGCCGCGCUCUCCCUCUCGGCAGGAGUACGCUUCACCGAAGAUACUUCGUGUGUGACCUGGGACAAGACAUUUACUUACCUUUUCUUUCCUUUGGUCCCUUCAUGGUUAUCUAAACAGAAGUUUUUUGAAGCUGGAGAAAACAGAAAAGGCGUUUGUCUUCAAAUGCUGCUAUAGUACCAGCUUUCCACAUCUUGUUUCUUCAUUUCACUGACCUUGUGCACUCAGCUGGUCAGCAGCAUGCUUUCUACUGGGAACACCUCAAAACUUUUCCUGGUGCUCGUUUCGUUGCUGCUUAUGCUGCCAGCAGUUGAAGGCCUGGAUGCUGGAGACACAGUGGCCUUCUUGCUGGGCCUCACUGUCAGUGUCAUUGGAUUCUGUGCCUGUCUCGGCUUGUAUGCGAGGAAAAGAAAUGGACAGCAAUGAGGUCAAGAAGAUGCACAAACACAGCGUAACUGUGCUGGGAUUGAGAUCUGGGGUCUAAAACUAAGCUUUGGUAUUGGAUAACACUCAAAAAUGUGAAAUAGAUAAUUCUGCAAGCCCCUUACUGUGCAAUACUACAGAAUAAAGGCCAGGCACAGUAAAAAGGAUUUGUAGGAUCUAUUCCUGUGACAGUAAGAUGAUUUCAUAUUGCCUGUGAUUAAAUAUUUCCGUAGAGAUGGUAAGAACUUUUCAGAAGGGAGAAAGAAAGUCAUAGGCUGGUUCACAGUAAAUGUUUAUAAAUGUAUGACAGAGCCCAUGCAACAAGUUCCACAAUUUUGGUUUCAGAGUUAGGAGGAAGCAGCUAUUAAUCUUCUAGUCAGGAUGACAAGGCUUUGGAGGUAUUGAAGCACUUACGAUUAGAUAAGUAAAGAGCAUGCUGCUCAAACUUAGUUUGUGUGUGUGCAUUCACAUUCUUUGUAAUGACAGUUAAACCCCUCACAGCUCACUUUUGGUGUCCUAGGGAUGAGACUUGGGAGAACUAAGAAAACAUUAAAGCUUUUUACUUCUGUAUUUUUAUUUUAGAACGUACUUCUUCUGUAGCCUCUGUUUUUGUUCCAAAAUGAUUGCACUUAAGAAAGGGACCAUGAUUUUUCUUUCACGUGUAUUUCAUAGAAAGUGUACUUAAAGCUUCAUGAAUCAAACGAGGGGGGCAUUUUAUAUCUUUUGUCUAUUUUCUGUACUCAGCUUUCAUUUAAGCACACCAGGUUUAAGGGUUAAUUCAUUUGGUGGUUUGUUUUUGAUUUUUUUUCUGAAACUGAAGACCCACCUAUUUUAUUAAGGUAUUAUGCAUAUUAUUUCUGCAUUAGGGGGUUAUUAGAAUUACAACAAUGCAGUUAUGCACAUGUUCCUUUUUUCAAUAUGAUGAAUAAAUAAACCAACUUCUUUGGAUAUAAUCAUGGUUUUAUUGAACAGGUCCCUAGUACUUCAAUGUCGUCCUCAUGACAAACUUAAGUUGUUAACUGCACAUUUAAGCUUCUUAUGUAAUUGAUGUGUCAGAGUUCCAUGGAAGAUUAGGACCAAAGACAAAGUAAAAAAUCAUGAUGCAAAAUGGUUGGCUGUUAAUAAUCUUAUUCUAUUCAUGCUUAGAUUGUCUGGCAUGAGUUGAUUUUGAUUUUAUGCUAUGUAGUUGAAAGGAUCUAGCUACCUAGUAGCAUGUGCAGGACCUGCUUCUUUCUUUUAGUAGCGAAGGGGAAGUGGCGCAGCCAAGAGUGUUUGUCUACACAAAUCCCUCUGGCUUCUUGAGGUGUUCUAGCUGCCAGUUUGAUAAAAGGAUCACAGUCUGUAAAAGCAAGUAAGUAACAGCAACAGAAUAAGGAGCCUAGGAAGGUAAGCUAUCCAUGCUCCACAGAAUUUCCUCCUGAUCUUGUGCUGUGGGCACUGCACACUUAUGCUGGAAAUACUUUUGUAUUUCAGAGCUGGGGAAGAAGGUUAGAUGUGAUGCAAAGUGAUGUAUCUUUAUAGUCUCCUCCCCCUCCCUCCCCCCGCAAAAUGUGUCUGGUCAUUGGAGCGCAAAGUGGUGGUUGAAAGUAUUGUCUGGUAGGUCUUACAUAAGUAACUGAGUGGACAGAUUAUAUCUGGAUUUCUCCAAAUUGUAAGGUUUCUGUCUGUGAUUUGUAACUUUUGGCUUCUGUCUCCCAUCUUCUGAGGAGACAUAAGCCAUGGUUAUUUUAAUCUUGCAAUUUCUCUAAAUUACCAUGGUUGACGGAGAAAGGUAAAAGGAGAGCUUCUAAAAUGUGCAGUUGAAAAUGCAGGGCUCAACCCAGCUAGCCACAGGAAUGUAGGUUGUGCUGCUCUGUUCCUGCUGCUCGAGGUAUAGGAAGUGUAGAGGUCCCAUGACAGCUUUGCCAGGUAGCUGUCUGAAACCUUUUUGUGGCUUCCCUAAGUCAGAAUGUGACAGCUGUUGUGGUGACAGAAAUUUAUAACCUUAAGAGGAGUUUCAGAGGGUAGGAUAAUGCCUCAUCUUCACAGGCUGCCUACCUGCUACAGAGGAACAUAAAUGAGAUUAUGCUAUAGGGCAGAUACAAGUAUGUCCUAUUACAUUGUAUGAAGAGAAGUACAUACGAAGUUUGACUUUUCGUAUUUGAACCCUGCUAAACCAUUACUCAGCCUUGUUAGCUUUUCUCAAAAAUCUUUUUCUUCACUUUGGAAAAGAUCUCUGGUAAUAGUUUUACAGAAUUGUGCAACAGUUUCACCCUGUAAAGCAGGAGAACAAAACCUUAGCACCAUAAUUAUUGUCAAUUGAUAGGGAUAUUGGGGACUGUGUUGAGACUGUAGCUUGUUGAGAGGUGUUUGCACCACGUAGGGUGUGUUUCCUGGAUUCUGACAGAAGCAAUUGUAUUGUUAAAAGCUUGCAUUUUUUGAUGACUCAAUAGUAGUAUAGCACUGGAUAUCCUUGUUUUUCUUCUGUUUUAAUAAAUACCUAUGUGUUUUGUCAUCA